AUGCACUCGCAUGAAAAAAGAAUAGUAAAAGAAGUGCUUUCUUGGAAGCGAACCAUACACAUGGUGUACAACGGCGCGCGGGUAGGGGUUAUUCUCAAGGAAAUAAUAAGAAAAACAGACGAGACCCUUGUGGUCAUUGGUGCUCCAAGGAAGUACAUCGAAGUAAUCAGCAAAUCACGAAAAAAUAAAGGAGAUAAAAGCAGCACAGAAAAGAUAAAAGCGUGCAGAAUAGACACAAAAACAAGCACAAAACAGCGCAAAGCCAUCUACACAGGCAACGGGUGUGUCUUUGUGUCAGAGCACAUAUUCCUAUCAGACAUUCUGAAAGACAACACGCCCUCCAGCAAAAUGAGGCUGCUGUAUCUCCUGGGCAGUGGGGCUAUGCAUCCCUCCAAAACCAUUAUGGACUUUAUUCUCUUUGCCCUGAAGGCAUCUGUCAGCAUUUUAUUCUCGUGGAGCCCAGAGUAUUCAUUUCCCGAGCUGGUCAGCAAAGGAUACUUCCCGUCUGCAGGAAUAUUCCUGUAUCCUUCAUUCAGAAAGUCAGUUGCGCAGUCCAUGGGAGACUUUGAAAUAAACGAAAUAACCAUUUCGGGAGGAAAUGAGAGAGAGCUGAUCCAGCACGAGAUUCUGGAGGUUAUUAAGAAGGUCGAAAACAUCCUGGGAAAAAGCGCACUAGAGGGAUACAUCCAGUGCACAGCCAAGCUGCUGCAGAUGUCUCUAUCCAUUCUAUACAACGCAUCAAUAGACAAGUUUAUAGAGUUUUUUGGUGAAAUAACAGAUGUAAAUAACAAUAUGAAAGUGCUGGUAAAACAGCUGGGAGUGCCUGACUCUAUGCACGCCAGGAACACAGUGUAUAGUAGCGCCCUGGGCUGGAUGGUGCUCUCGCAGAUCGAAGAAAUCAAACAGACAGCGCUCCACAUAAAAGAAAAAGAGAAAAUAUCUCCGAAAGAAAACGUUCUCAUGCGCGUGCUCCAGAAAGAGAAAGAUAAAAACAUAGCCAUCAUUGCGCAUAAGCUGCCUAAAGAGCUAUUUUCCAGCAGCCUUCCCGUGCAGUCGAGUAAGAAGAUUAUUUCGAUAAUCAGAAACCUUGUGAAAACAGAGUCACCGCAUGUAGUAUUUCUCAACUACUCAAUUGAUCUCCUGAGAAAGUUUAAGCUGUGCAGAGAAAGAUGGAGGAAAAGGGGCAUAGAGAUAGAGCUUACCGUUAUAACAAUAAAGAACUCCGUUGAAGAGGUAAAUCUAUUUGAGAGCAUGCACAGAGAAAAAGACCACUUUGUGUCAGCCAUAGGGAUAAAACAAAAUAGGCCCAAAAUGAUAGAUAGAAAAGUUUUCACCAAAACCCCAGACGACCCAAAGGCACCUGUUAUACAAAUAGAUAUGAGAGAGCUGCGGUCUAAGCUGCCCCUGCACCUAGCCCAGCACUUCACAAACACUUUUAGGCUUGAGUUUGAAAUGCUGAAAAUAGGCGACUAUGUGCUUAACUCCACAUAUUACAUUGAAAGAAAAAGAAUAGACGACUUUGUCAGCUCGCUAGGCAGCGGGCGGCUGUUCAAACAGCUGCAGGCCCUUGAAUUCUCGCACGGCUCUUCGUAUCUUCUGAUUGAAUUUCCUGAUACAAACAAGAUAAGCUUUUUAAACUACACGAACAGAAUGCACGAGAUGGACCUCACUGUGAAAAUAGUAAAGCUACUGUUGUCUAUAAAGAGUAUGUACAUUUUCUACUCCUCCACUGAAAGACACUCUACUGCUCUGAUAAAUGCCCUGGCACGCAAGCCGCCACGAGAGAUACAGAAGAAAACAAAAGCAUAUUCUCCAUCAAUCACUGAGUCUCUGCUGGCUAUCCCUGGCAUAGACCACAGGAACAUAGAAAUCAUCCUAAACAACUUUGCUUCACUCUACGACCUCAUAACAUCAGAAGAAAGUAGGCUUAUAGGCGUACUGGGAAACGAGCUAGGACAAAAAACAUUUUCAUUUUUCAAUAGCAUAGGAUAA